CCGAGCAUCAGGCCUCAUCCCGUCACAGAGGGAGGGGAUCCUCCAAACAGCCAGUGUCCUUGUACAGAGGGAGGGGAUCCUCUCAGCAGCUAGCGUCACUGCACAGAGGGAGGAGAUCCUCCGAACAUCAGGCCUUAUCCCUGUACAGAGGGAGGGGAUCCUCCAAACAGCCAGUGUCCCUGUACAGAGGGAGGGGGUUCUCCCAGCAGCUAGCAUCACUGCGCAGAGGGAGGAGAUCCUCCGAGCAUCAGGCCUCAUCCCUGAAGAGAGGGAGGACAUCCUCCUCAUAGACAGUGUCCUUGCACAGAGGGAGGGGUUUCUUCCAAAAACUACUGUCACUGUGCGAAAGGAGAAGAUCCUCAGAGCAUCAGGCCUCAUCCCUGCACAGAGGGAGUUGAUCCUCCUGAAGGUCAUCGUCCCUGCGCACAGGGAGUGGAUCGUCCCAAAGGCUAGUGUCCCUGCAGAGAGGGAGGAGAUCUUCCUCACAACCAGUGCCCCUGUGAAGAAUGGACACAAUCAUCCCCAUGGUGGCACCACUGUGGAAAUGGGAUGGUGGAGCAUGUACUCCACCUGUGGAUUUCUAUUCCAAGAGAAGAGAUGUCCGACUUAGAUAUGUUGAGCAUCCUGCUAUGAUGUCCAUCACCAAGCCGGAACACUCCGAGGCCAACCCUCAGUGCCAGACUGGCAGCCGGCCGGUGGCUGAGCCCGAGACCCCUGCUGUUCACAAUAACAGUGGAGGCUGGCUCAGCUGGGUCUUUGGUAGUGGAAGAGUUAAUAAGAAGGAGGUUCAUCUACCUGAGGACAAAGACAGAUCUAUUGUCCGGGAUCCAACUCUGCACAGAUGGGUUAACAAAACUGAGCCCAAGGCUGAGAACAAGUGUGUACCACCACCUCCACCGAUGGGGACAAAUGGAUAUCAGGGGAACACUGGCAGUGUCCCCGAAGGAGUGAAUCCUUACUCUAUGAAAGCAGCAGGUCUAUGGGGCAGCAGAUGCAUUACAAUGAUGGGACCAACUCAAAGCCUCCAAGCCAUGGGCCUGGACUCCUUCCUAGAUAGCUCUCUGGCUUGCUCCCUCCUUCACACUUUGACCUCAUGGCACCAAUGGUUGUGCCACCUGACACUCUACCCUACUGAGGUAUGA